AUGGACAGCAGCAGAAAUGCCUUUGCCCCCGCUCUGCCUGACAACAUAGGUAGCGAACACAGUUUGGCCAUGUCGGACGAAAGUGAUCCCAAAGCAUGGAGGAUCAUGUCUCUCAAAGUGCUUAAGAAUCUCGUGGCCGAGGCGAGAGGCGAGGCGACGAAGAAAGUCAUUGAGUACAUAAAAAAUCACCUGGGGAAAACGAAGCUCAUCUUCGUCGUUGGCCAGAGCGGCUCGGGAAAGACAUUGCUGCUCAAGGAGCUGACAGGUACGCUCUUCCACCACCUUUGCCCUGCCAUCAUCCAUGACGAGCAGUACAUCUUUGUCGAUACAGCUGGAUUUGGAGCCGCGGAUCUGGACAAUAAUUCCAACUUUUCCGAUAUUGUUGGAUGCCUCAACGGCCUUGGUCCCUUUGUAGAUGUCGCCGGCCUUCUCUUCGUCUACGGUGGCGACCAGGCCCGCAUGACCAAUGACGAUCUUCGUACCCUUCAAUGGGUUCAGUGCUUUUGUGGACCCAAAUUCUACCGCAAUGUGGUUUUUGUCACCACUAAAUGGGACGUGCCCAGGCCCAAACCAUUCGAAGCUGCGUGGACCCGAAUUGAGGAGCUCCUCCGCGCGCCCGAGGUCACAGCUCUGUGUAAUCCGCCCACCCGUCAUGUCGGAGCGGCGAUUUAUCAUCAUGGCCUCCCCGGAGGUGUCGGAGACAUUGAAGGGCAUAAGUAUGUGCUGGACAAAGACGCUGAUUCGGAGAAGCGAUCCACAGAACUCAAGUCUUUGAUUCUACGGAAUUUUAAGCAUGCCCCGAUCUUCAGGCUCCAGGUCGCCCAGGAAAUGGGCCCCAAGGGCGAUUGGACCAAGACAGAGGCUGCAAAAGUGCUAGCUAGCGACCCUCAGUCUAUCACGGUUGAGAUCCACGCCGACCGCGCUGUCGUCUGUCCCAAGGCCGCAACCACCAGCACCACGCCGCCCAUUGCGCCGCAGGCCGGCAACCCAAACUCCCACGAUGUGCAAAAGACGUGGUAUCAGAGAUUAAUGGACUGGAUCGAGGCUGCUCAAGCAGCCGCAGCCUUUUUCAAGCAGGCCCGCGAGGCGCCGGAGACACCCUCGUCGUGGUCCUCGGCCUGGGAGCACGUGCAAGGCUGGUGGUCUGGGACACCGAGAACGUGA